CACACACACACAGCUGGAAAAAGAGGAGGAGAAAUCCGAUAAUUUAGAAGGCAUGUAUCAUCAUCAUCAUCAUCCUAGCAGGCAACCAGUGAAUUCCUAAGCGGCAUUCAUCAUGUUGAUUCAUUGGAGAAAUGAGCUUCCUGGAUCAGACAUGCCAAAUUUUAAACUGGUUCAUUUGCUCUCUGUGCGCACCCCAGUUUCUGAGACUCUGGAGUGGCAGGUGCCCAAGGACCAGAAGGAAUUUGUUGUUGGGCACAGCCUUUGUGAUAUAUCUGGGGUUCCUUGUCAGCCAAGUAGGUCACAUUGUCCCACAGCACAGAGUGAGACCCUCGAAAGCAAAUUCCCAGAAUCUCCAGGAUGCUGCCCAGACUCUUUCCCUCGAAAUCCCAUUGGAUGGCACCUUGUUGCUUUCUGAUCUGGAAAGACCCCAGAUAGGAACAAAUGAUACUUCAGCACUGCCCAAUGUGGUGUAUAUCACCCUGCGGUCCAAGCGCAGCAAACCUGCCAACAUCCGAGGCACCGUGAAGCCCAAGCGAAGGAAGAAACAAGCAGUACCUUUGCACCAUGAAAAUAAGGACCCAUUGGCUGUCGCUGGCCAGGAGAAGAGUUUGAUCCAAAAGCCACUUCAUGGGACUAAUAAUUCUAUGAAUAAGAGGAGAGCAGGAGCAGUCCCAGAGAAAGCAAGGGACCACCAGGAGAAGUUCAAAGAGAAAGAAACACCCAAGAAAGACAAGAGACAUUGGAGACCUCUGGUAAGAGGAGCAAAUGUUCAGCCCAGUGCUCUGGAGAGCAAUAUCAGGAUGUACAGCGAAAGCCCACCAUCUUGGCUGAGCAAAGAUGAUAUCUUAAGUAUGCGUCUUCUGGCAGAUUCCAAAAUAGAGAAUAUACAAGAGGCACCUUCUCAGUAUGGAGUACUUUUGGUACUUGAGGGGGCUGCUACGGUUAACAGGUCAGCCAUAGGAGGUGUUUGCAGCCAAGGGCACUGUGGCCUCAUGAAGAGACCUCUUGACAUGAGCGAAGUGUUUGCCUUCCAUUUGGACAGGAUCCUGGGGCUGAACCGGACCUUGCCUACAAUAAGCAGGAAAUCAGAAUUUGUACAAGAUGAUCAACCAUGUCCUAUUAUUCUUUGGGAUACCUCAUUGGCUCAGACCGAUAAUGAGACACACUCAUCAUUGAAGCUAACAUGGGGGGCUUACAAGCAACAAUUAAAGCAAAAGUGCUGGCAAAAUGGCAAAGUCCCCAAAACAGAGUGGGGAUGUACAGAUAUCCAUCACUAUGAGUGGUCCAAGAUGGCACUACUUGAUUUUCUUUUACAGAUCUACCAUCGCUUGGACAAGAACUGCUGUGGGUUCAAACCGCGCAAAGACGAUUCCUGUGUCCAGAAAGGAUUGAGCCUGAAUUGUCAUGACCAGGAUAACGUUGAUUUGACACACAUUAUCCAGAGAAAAGAUGAUCCAAGGCAUUUGGUCCUUAUAGAUAAUAAAGGUUACUUUGACAGAAGUGAAGACAAUCUGGAUUUCAAAAUACUGGAAGGCAUAAAUGAGUUCCCUGAAUCGGCAGUCUCCGUGCUGAAAAGCCAGCGUUUGCGAGAGAAGCUUCUACAGUCUUUGUUCCUUGACAGAAUUUUUUGGGAAAGCCAAGGUGGUCGUCAAGGCAUUGAUAAAUUAAUUGAUGUGAUUGAACAGAGGGCCAAAAUUCUUCUUACUUACAUUAAUGCCCAUGGGGCAAAAGUACUGCAAAUGAAUGAAUGAAUGAAUGAAUGAAUGAAUGAGAGCUCAGUCCUGUGCACACUUACAUGGGAAUAAGAAACACUGCACACAGCAGGACUUACUUCUAAGUAAACACACAUAAGGUUGUGCUGAAUGA